AUGUUGGAUGAUGCAAGUAUAAAGGCAGAGCGUCUGAAGGUCGCUUCACCUACUGUCUCUGGGCGAUGCAUAGAUGUUCAGAACUCUACAACGAACUACGUCUCCGUUGGCAAUACCAAAGUGGAGGUUGUCACAGAGACUUGUUCGCUGGAGAAACCAGUCGCACUGGACGUAUUGUCACCUGUUGAUGUUAGCUGGCGAACCUUCCGGAAUGGGGAAGACCUCCCGCCCAUUGGUGAGGAUUGCGACAAGAUCAAGGCCGCUGUCCAGAUCCUCUCGGGAAGAGGUAGCGUUCGGAAUACGUUUACUCUUGAUCCUGGGGCAAGCAAGGCAUUGUGGACAACGUUUUCGGAACGUCUGUAUGGGACAUGCGUAUACUUUUUCAGCAAUACGGUGGAGCAUCCCCUGCGGUCUUCAUGGGAGGACAUUAACAUUGAUGCGUCAUUGGCCCGCUCCGAUUGCUACCCUCCGACUAUGCCUAUGAAUUCGGCGGGGAACUGCACCGCCCUUGACAAGACCUGGGUUGUUGGUACCUAUCAUAGGGCUGUUUAUGAUGGGCCUUCAGGGAAAUUUAUUUUGAGAACAUCCCUGCCGAAGCGCACACUUCUCCAGCGUGCAAACAGCUGCGGAGAGGCACCGACCCAAUUGCGCAAAUUAGAUCCACGUUUUGUGAUCUUGAAGCAAAAGUGUAACAGAGCCAAAGGAAUAUUAUGA